AUGAUAACGAGUUUCCUUCUCCAACAAAGUUAACGACGUGGUCGAAUUUUAGCCGGCAAAUUACUCGCUAGUUAACCCUCGAAUAUAUAAAUACUCCAAGCGCUUUGCGUCGGUAACCUUUAAGGCCAAACUGAUUCUCGUCAAGAGCCCUCUGGAAAGAGAAAUUCGCUUUUCUUAGCGUUUUUUAUUUCGCUCUUCCGAAAUAUUUUCUGUCGUUUUCAGUCACCUUCGAGGAGCAAUCAACUUUGAAACAUGGGUGCGUUCGCUAGUUUGUUCAAGGGUCUCUUUGGCAAGAAGGAAAUGAGAAUUCUCAUGGUUGGUCUAGAUGCUGCUGGGAAAACGACCAUUCUGUACAAGCUGAAGUUAGGAGAAAUCGUCACAACGAUUCCUACAAUUGGUUUCAACGUGGAGACAGUAGAAUACAAGAACAUAAGUUUUACGGUUUGGGAUGUCGGUGGCCAAGACAAAAUCAGACCUCUUUGGCGACACUACUUCCAAAAUACGCAAGGUCUUAUCUUCGUAGUUGAUAGCAACGAUCGCGAGCGAGUUGGUGAAGCGAGAGAAGAGUUGAAUCGGAUGUUAAAUGAAGACGAACUUAGAGAUGCCAUUCUUCUUGUUUUCGCCAACAAACAGGAUUUGCCUAAUGCCAUGAAUGCUGCUGAAAUAACUGACAAGAUUGGCUUGCACAACUUGAGAAAUCGCAUGUGGUACAUUCAGGCAACAUGUGCAACAAGUGGAGAUGGUUUAUAUGAAGGACUAGACUGGCUUUCCACACAACUGAAAAAGGCAUCUAACAUGGGGAGUGUAUUUGGUAAACUGUUCUCUGGUCUCUUCGGAAAGAAGGAGAUGAGAAUUCUCAUGGUCGGUCUAGAUGCUGCUGGGAAAACUACCAUCCUCUACAAGCUUAAACUAGGAGAAAUUGUCACAACGAUUCCAACAAUUGGUUUUAACGUGGAAACAGUAGAAUACAAGAACAUAAGUUUUACAGUCUGGGAUGUUGGUGGCCAAGACAAGAUCAGACCUCUUUGGCGACACUACUUUCAAAAUACACAAGGUCUAAUUUUUGUAGUGGACAGCAACGAUCGUGAGCGAAUUGGCGAGGCAAGAGACGAAUUGAACAGGAUGUUGGGCGAAGAUGAACUUAGAGAUGCUACUAUUCUUGUGUUUGCAAAUAAACAGGAUUUACCCAAUGCUAUGCAAGCAUCGGAAAUCACAGACAAGCUUGGUUUACACACCAUGAGAAAUCGUACGUGGUACAUCCAAGCUACAUGUGCAACAAGUGGAGAUGGUUUAUAUGAAGGACUAGACUGGCUAUCAACUGAACUUAAAAAAGCAACUUAAAAAAGCAACUUAAAAAAGCAUAGUUAAUACUGUUGAACUUUGAGACAUGACAUAGACAGUGUAUUAAAAUAACUUACUCAUUUGAUAAGAUAAUUUCUCCAUUUAUUUUCAAAAACCACUUGAAUUUUCUUCUAGUUCCUUGUUUAAAUUGAUGUUACUUCAGUGAACCAGGCCUUGUUGAAAACUUCACAUGUUGUGUAUUUGUCAACUUCUCACUCAAGCACAUGAGAUUUUUAUCCUCAGAUAGCCAUCAAUUUCAAAGAAAACCUGAUCAUCCACUAAUAUCAGAAGAUGGUCUCCACACAACCAAAGCCUCACAAACUUCUGAAUAUGCUCUUAAGGGCUGAUAGAAACAUGUUCCAGUACUUUUUUCCUUCUAAAACUGAUAGGAUUUGGCUUAUUUGUAAUAAUUCACGUGAAGUUUUUUGCCUUUGGUAAUAGUUCAAGUUUGUGGUUUGAGAGACAUUUUCCAAAAUGUAUGAUACCACCUUAAAUUUUUUCUGUUAGACAUGAAGAUUUGGGUGGAAGGUGUGCUGGUUUGAUAUCAGGUGUGAGAAGUUGCAUAAAUACCAUUGAAUGAAAGUAUGAUUAACAAAUAACUAGUUAUUGUUUAGUUAGGUUUUACUUCCAAGAUGAAGAAAAUUGAACAGAUUCCAAAUAUGCAUAUAUACACUGUCCAAAGCUUCAAUUUUAUCUCUUAACCUUUACACUCCCAUCUUUUUCAUCCAGGAAUGUCCUUUUAGGACAGUAGUCACUAGUGUUAACAGUGUUAAGUAGCAAGAUCAGCACAACAUCGAAAAAAUAAUUUGCUCAGGCUAAGGAAAUUCAGUUCAACAAUUCUGCAUCAUAGCAGUUGAAUUUUUCAACCUAUGAUAAGGACCCUAAACUCCUUAGAUUUGAUCAGUUAUAGGAGUUGCCCAUUCUUCCUGCUAUUCUCUUUAUUUUCCUUGUAAGUUUGUUGAGAGAAUUUUGUGUUAAAACAAGAUAAUGCCCUCUGGUUGUUAAUUUACCAUCAAUUUUUUUUCACUGGGUGGCUGGAUAAAGCUGAUCAUGAAUUUCACAAAGAGAAUUCAGAAUCCCUACUUUGCCAAGACUUUAAUAGCUUUAAUGUCAACCUUACAUUUCUUAUGAUGUUAGUUAGAACUUGUUAAAUAAAAAAAAAAAAUCCCCAACUGAUACUGAAGGAUUAUUUUUUUAUUUGCAAGAAAUAUAAGCCGAGUCUCCAGGAUUCAUGAGUAAUAUUUCCUGGACUUUAAAAAUUGUGAUAAUUCUGAAAGGAUUGCAAGACAACAGCUGACAUUUCAACAAUCUAUUUGUAACUGAAUUUGUUUUUUUCUUUUUAAUGUAAAGCUUGCGAGAGUUGUACUUUGAGUCUCAAUAAAGAAGCACUUAAACAUU